UGCCGGCAGCCCGGGAUGGAUCCCAUGGGAUGCGGGAGGUGUUUUCAUGGAGGUGGAAGGCUGGAAUGGGUGGAAAUCAUCGAGCCUCGGACCCGGGAGCGCAUGUACGCCAACCUCAUCACGGGGGAGUGCGUGUGGGACCCGCCCGCCGGGGUGCGGAUCAAACGCACCAAUGAGAACCAGUGGUGGGAGCUCUUCGACCCCAACACCUCCCGCUUCUACUACUACAAUGCCACCACGCAGAGGACGGUGUGGCACCGUCCCCAGAACUGCGACAUCAUCCCGCUGGCCAAGCUGCAGACGCUGAAGCAGAACACGGAGUCGCCGCGGGCUUCCACGGAAAACAGCCCCGGCAGGAGCAGCAAUGUCAGCAGGGAGGGGAGCACCAGCUCGUCCUUGGAGCAGGAGCUGGAGGGCAACGAGAAGGUGCAGGAGCAGCGCUCGAGCCGCCAGUCCAGCCAGUAUUCCGUGGUGAAGGAGGAAACGGAAAGCUCGUCGCCUUCCGGGGUGUUCGAGAAGGAAUACGACAUUUAUCGGGAUUACAGCGCGGAAGGACAACUCCUGCACUACAGGACCUCAUCCCUCCGAUGGAACGCCGGCACCAAGGAGCGGAUGCUGAUCAAGGUGACGGAUCGGGAGCCCAGCUUCCUCCUCCACCAAGGCAACGGCUACGCCCCGGAAAACCAACCCGGCUCCCGCUCCCGCCGGCCCUCAGGCGGCCAGCAGUCGCCCAACCUCCAAACCUUCUCCUCAGACGCCGACAACUCCGUCUUCUUCCCGGAGAGGAAGCAGUCGCCCUUCCUGAAGAGGGCCGAGCACGUGGGCAGCUGCUCGCCGCUGCUGGGCCGGGGCGAUUCCUUCUGCUCGCCGCUCCAAGCGCAGCACCGCAAACAUUCCAGCGAAUCGCAGCCUUCGUCGCCCCGCUACGCCUACGAGCCCCCGCUGUACGAGGAGCCCCCCAUGGAAUACCAGGCUCCCAUCUACGACGAGCCGCCCGUGGACAUGCAGUACGAAGCCAGCGGCAGCUACAAGGCCGGCUCGCCGCAGAAAUCGCCCAUCCGCAAGCCUCACCCUUUCCUCCAGUCGCCCAAGCAAGGCUCCAACUCGCCCUACCAGCAGUUGGUGCUCACCAAGCAGAAGUGUCCCGACCGCUUCAUGAGCCUGGAAUACAGCCCGGCCGGCAAGGAGUACGUGCGGCAGUUGGUCUACGUGGAGCAGUCGGGCUCCAGCCCCAAGAUGAAGACGGGCUUGAGGCACAAAUAUUCCCCCAACCCCAUCGGCGGCUCCUACUCGCUGCAGCACAGCCCCUGCCUGGUGCGGGACCAGCGCCUGGAGAUCAAAUCGGGCGACUACAGCAGCAUGGAGGGACCCGACUUCUGCCCCGGCCCCGCGGGGGCCCAGGUGGCCCAGGGCGAGGACUCCAUGUCGUGGUCCAGCCAGCAGGACACCUUGUCCUCCACCGGUUACUCGCCCUCCACCAGGAAGAGGAAAAGCCGGAAGCCUUCGGUGAACCACGACACCAACGCCUCCUCCACGGACGGCUCGGGGGAGCGGGAAGUGUUGGGAGAGCUGGGUGAGGAGCGCGCCGCGCCGGGGCCCAACAGGUCGCCGAUGAACCGGACGGAGAGCAAGGCGGCCGAGGCGGAGGCGGCGCGGGGCUUCCCGGAGCCGUUCCUGGCGCAGGCGCGGCUGGCGUGGGAAGCGCAGCAGGCUCACUACCACAUGAAGCAACGGAGCAGCUGGGAUUCCCAAAAGGACGGUUCGGGCUACGAGAGCGACGGGGCCCUCCCGCUGCCCAUGCCGGGCCCGGUGGUGCGAGCCUUCAGCGAGGACGAGGCGUUGGCACAGCAGGAGAACAAGCACUGGAAGAGGAACACCUUUGAGAAGCUGGGCUUCCCCCAGAUCCUGCUGGAGAAGAGCGUCUCCGUCCAGACCAACCUGGCCUCCCCCGAGCCCUACCUGCAUCCAUCUCAGUCCGAGGACCUCGGCGCCUGCGCGCAGUUCGAGAGCAGCCGGCAGACGCGGAACAUGAUGCCGAGCGCCAGCUGCGUCUUCCCCACCUUCAACCUGCGCAAGCCCUCCUCGGAGACGGACAUUGAGAACUGGGCCUCCAAGCACUUCAACAAGCACACCCAAGGGCUCUUCCGCCGCAAGGUCUCCAUCGCCAACAUGCUGGCCUGGAGCAGCGAAUCCAUCAAGAAACCCAUGAUCAUGACCAACGACCGCAACGUCAAGAAGGAGGCGUGCGAGAUCUUCAAGCUCAUCCAGAUGUACAUGGGCGACCGGCGGGCCAAGACGGACCAGCUCAACGUGGCCUUGGAGAUCGCCACCAAAGGUUGGAGCAUGCAGGGGCUGCGAGACGAGCUCUACAUCCAGCUGUGCCGGCAGACCACCGAGAACUUCCGUUACGAGAGCCUGGCGCGCGGCUGGGAGCUCAUGGCCAUUUGUCUGGCCUUUUUCCCACCCACUCCCAAAUUCCAUUCCUACCUUGAAGGAUACAUUUACCGGCACAUGGAUCCGGUGAAUGACACCAAAGUCUCGCGGCACCUGCGGCACCUCCUGGCCAGGACCAAUCAGAAGAAACCCAAAUUGCGCAAGAAACCCAAGCCCCAGAGCGAGGAGAUCCCGGGGGUGGCCAUCAGCACUUAUGCCAAGUACUGCUACAACAAACUGCAGAAGGCGGCGCUGACCGGGGCCAAGAAGGGCCUGAAGAAGCCGAACAUCGAGGAGAUCCGUCACGCCAAGAACGCCGUCUUCAACCCAUCCAUGUUCGGCAGCUCCCUGCAGGACAUCGUGGCCAUGCAGAAGGAGCGGUACCCGGACCGGCAGCUGCCCUGGGUGCAGACCCGGCUCUCCGAGGAGGUCCUGGCGCUCAACGGGGACCAGACCGAGGGCAUCUUCAGGGUCCCCGGUGACAUCGACGAGGUCAACGCCCUCAAGCUGCAGGUGGACCAAUGGAAGAUCCCCACCGGCUUGGAGGACCCGCACGUUCCCGCGUCACUGCUGAAGCUGUGGUACCGCGAGCUGGAGGAGCCGCUGAUCCCGCACGACUUCUACGAGCAGUGCAUCUCCCACUACGAGAACCCCGAGGCCGCCGUCGCCGUCGUCCACUCCCUGCCCCGGAUCAACAAGAUGGUGCUGUGCUACCUCAUCCGCUUCCUCCAGGUCUUCGUGCAGCCGGCCAACGUGGCCGUCACCAAGAUGGACGUCAAUAACCUGGCCAUGGUGAUGGCCCCCAACUGCCUGCGCUGCCAAUCGGACGACCCGCGGAUCAUCUUCGAGAACACGCGCAAGGAGAUGUCCUUCAUCCGUGUCCUCAUCCAGCACCUGGACACCAGCUUCAUGGAGGGCGUCCUAUAGCGGCUGCCACCGCGCCGUCCCCACCCCGCCACCGGCCCCCUGUCCCCUCCGAGGGUCAAAGUCCCCAGGUGGUGGCACCUAUCUCCACCAAGAAACAGGAGAUCCGUGAGGUUCUCCACCACGUGGUGAGCACCAUGUCCACCAAGAACCGGGAGGUCUGUGAGGUUCUCCAAAUUCACCAUGUGGCGAGUUCCAUCAUCACCAAGAACAGGUCUGUGAGGUUCUCCACCACGUGGUGAGCUCCAUCUCCAAGAACCGGGAGGUCUGUGAGGUUCUCCAAAUUCAUCAUGUGGUGAGUUGCAUCUCCACCUAGAACCAGGAGUUCCAUGCGGUUCUCCACCACGUGGUGAGCUCCAUCUCCAUCAAGAACCGGGAGGUCUGUGAGGUUCUCCAAAUUCAUCACGUGGUGAGCUCCAUCUCCACCUAGAACCAGGAGUUCCAUGUGGUUCCCCACCACGUGGUGAGCUCCAUCUCCAAGAACCAGGAGGUCUGUGAAGUUCUUCACCAUGCGGGAAGCUCCAUCAUCACCAAGAACCGAGAGGUCUGUGAGGUUCUCCACCACGUGGUGAGCUCCAUCUCUGCCAAGAACCAAGAGGUCCGUGAGGUUCUCCAAUCUCACCACGUGGUGAGCUCCAUCAUCACCAGGAACCUGGAGGUCUGUGAGGUUCUUCACCACGUGGUGAGCUCCAUCUCCACCAAGAACCGGGAGAUCUGUGAGGUUCUCCAAAUUCCACCACGUGGUGAGUUCCAUCAUCACCAAGAACAGGUCUGUGAGGUUCUUCACCAUGUGGGGAGCUCCAUCUCCACCAAGAAACAGGAGAUCCAUGUGGUUCUCCAUCACGUGGUGAGCUCCAUCUCCGCCAAGAACCGGGAGGUCUGUGAGGUUCUUCACCAUGUGGGGAGCUCCAUCUUCACCAAGAACCAGGUCUGUGAGGUUCUCCAACUUCACCACGUGGUGAGCUCCAUCUCCACCAAGAACCAGGAGUUCCGUGAGGUUCUCCAACCUCACCACGUGGUGAUCUCCAUCUCUAGCUGGACCUCAUGGAUGGAGGGCAUCCAGGGAUUGUCUCCGUCCUUUCCCGCCCGGACAAGGAGAAGUCCUUGAGGUCCAUCCCGACCUUCUGGCUGUGUCACUGCCUGGUUCUUCGCUGGGGGAGUCACGAGGAACAUCCUGGCUCUGUGGGGUCUCCACGGGGUUGGGGAGGUGGGAGAAGGUCAUCUGGACACCGGGGACUACAAUGACAAGGACCUGGGAGGUCCCCAUGAGAGUGGUGGCCCUGGGGGGGUUGUGGUGGCCGAUUGUCCAGCCUGGAGAAGUUGGGUGGGCUGGAUGUCCCCACAUGUCACCAUGUCCAUCCUGUCCCACACACGUUGGCACCACCAGGACCUGUCCUGGAACCCCACCGGGUCUGUUGGACCUGUCCCAGGACCUCCCACCUGCUCCUGGUUCUUCUGGGCCCAUCUUGGUGUCCAUCCAACUCCUGGAGCCAUCUUGGGGUCCAUCAUCUCCUCCUGGCCCUCCUGAGCCCAUCACAGGGUCCAUCAUCUCCUACUGGUCCUACAGGAGCCAUCUUGGGGUCCAGCAUCUCCUCCUGGCCCUCCUGAGCCCAUCACGGGGUCCAUCAUCAACUCCUGGAUCUUGGAGUUCAUCAUCUCCUCCUGGUCCUCCUGGGGCCAUUUUGGGGUCCACCAUCAACUCCUGGAGCCAUCUUGGGGUCCAUCAUCUCCUCCUGGCCCUCCUGAGCCCAUCACAGGGUCCAUCAUCUCCUCCUGGUCCUCCUGGGGCCAUUUUGGGGUCCACCAUCAACUCCUGGAGCCAUCUUGGGGUUCAUCAUCUCCUCCUGGUCCUCCUGGGGCCAUUUUGGGGUCCACCAUCAACUCCUGGAGCCAUCUUGGGGUUCAUCAUCUCCUCCUGGCCCUCCUGAGCCCAUCAUGGGGUCCAUCAUCUCCUACUGGUCCUACAGGACCUAUCUUGGGGUCCAGCAUCUCCUCCUGGUCCUUCUGAACCCAUCCUGGGGUCCACCAUCAACUCCUGGAGCCAUUUUGGGGUUCAUCAUCUCCUCCCGGUCCUCCUGCGGCCAUAUUGGGGUCCUCCCUCAAGUCCUGGAGCCAUUUUGGGGUCCGUCAUCUCCUCCUGGUUCUCCUGGACCCAUCUUGGUGUUCAUCUUCUCCAGGCCCUCCAGGUCUCACCUUGGUGUCCAUCUCCUCCUGCUGGACCCAUCCUGGUGUCCCCAGUGUCCUCCAGGACCGAUCCUGGUGUCCCUGAUCUCCUCCUGAACCCACCUUGGUGGCCCCCAUCUCCUCCAGGUCCAACCCUGGUGCCCCCAGAUCUCCACCUGGUCCUGCCCAACCCACCUGGGCACCACCAUCUGCUCCAGAUCCCACCUGAGCACCCCCCAAAUCCCUCCGGGUCCUCCUGGUCCCCCCACAUCUCCAUCAGGUCCCAUCCUGGUGACCCCAACCAACCUUGGUGCCUCCACCUCUUCCAGGUUUCACCUCGGUGACCCCAAAUCUUCUCCAGGUCCCACCUUGGUGCUCCCGUCACUUCCAGGACCCAUCUUGGUGACCCCAAAUCUCCUCCAGGUCACGCUUGGGUGCACUCAAUCUCCUUCAGGACCAACCUUGGUGCCCCCAUCUUCUCCAGGACACCAUCAUCUGCUCCAGGUCCACCUGAGCACCCCCCAACUUCCACCAGGUCUUCCAGGACCCACCUUGGUGCCCCAACCUCUUCCAGGUCCUCCAGAUCCCACUUGGUGACCCCAAAUCUCCUCCAGGUCCCACCUUGGUGACCCCCAGCUUCCAGCAGGAUCUCCUUGGUGACCCCACCACUUCCAGGUCCCACCUUGGUGCUCCCGAAUCUCCUCCAGGUUCUCCACAUCCCACCCCGAUGGACGCCCCAGUCUCCACCAGGUCCCACCUUGGUGACCCCAAAUCUCCUCCAGGUCCCACUUUGGUGACCCCAAAUCUCCUCCGGGUUCCACCUUGGUGACCCCAAAUCUCCAGGUCCCACCUUGGUGCCCCCACCUCUUCCAGGUCCCACCUUGGUGACCCCAAAUCUCCUCCAGGUUUGACCUUGGUGACCCCCAACUUCCAGCAGGUUCCACCUUGGUGACCCCAAAUCUUCUCCAGGUCCCACCAUGGUGACCCCAAAUGUCCUCCAGUUUCCACCUCGGUGACCCCAAAUCUUCUCCAGGUCCCACCUUGGUGACCCCACCUCUUCCAAGUCCCACCUUAGUGACCCCAAAUCUCCAGGUCCCACUUUGGUGACCCCAAAUCUCCUCAAGGUCUCACCUUGGUGACCCCCAAUGUCCAGCAGGUCCCACCUUGGUGCUCCCGAAUCUCCUCCAGGUUCUCCACAUCCCACCCUGAUGGACUCCCCAGUCUCCUCCAGGUCCCACCUUGGCGACCCCAGAUCUCCUCCAGGUUUGACCAUGGUGACCCUAAAUCUUCUCCAGCUUCCACCUUGGUGACCCCCAACCUCCAGCAGGUUCCACCUUGGUGACCCCAGAUCUUCUCCAGGUCCCACCUUGGUGACCCAAAUGUCCAGCAGGUCCUACCCUGGUGACCCCAAAUCUCCAGGUCCCACCAUGGUGACCCCAAACCUUCUCCAGGUUUGACCUUAGCUCCUCCAGGUUUGACCUCGGUGACCCCAAAUCUUCUCCAGGUUCCACCUUGGGGUGGACCCCCAAUCUCCAGCAGGUUCCACCUUGGUGACCACAAAUCUCCUCCAGUUUCUGCCUUGAUGACCCAAAAUCUGCUCCAGGUCCCACCUUGGUGACCCCCAACUUCCAGCAGAACCUCCUUGGUGACCCCAAAUCUCCAGGUUUGACCUUGGUGACCCCAAAUCUCCUCCAGGUCCCACCUUGGUGACCCCAAAUCUCCUCCAGGUCCCACCUUGGUGACCCCCAAUGUCCACCAGGUCCCCCAAAAUGGAGAGGUCCCCACAAUGGGGGGGUCCCCAAGAUCCUGAGAUGGUCCCCAAGGCAGGGAGGGGGUCCCCAAAAUGGCGGGGGGUCCAUGGAGGGGAGGUCCUCAAAAUGGGGGGGUCACCAAGGUGGGGACAGUCCCCAAAAUGGGGGGCUUCCCAUAGGGAGGUCCCAUGGGUGAUGUCCCCAAAAUGGGGACAGUCCCCAAAAUGAGGGGUCCCAUGGAGGGGGUCCCCAAAAUGGGGGUGGUCACCAAAGCUUGAAGGGUCCCCAAAUUGGAGAAGAUCCCCAAAAUGGGGGGGGUCCCAUGGAGGGGGUGCCCAAAAUGGGGGGUCCCAUAGUGGGAGGGGUCCCAUGGGUGAUGUCCCCAAAAUGGGGACAAUCUCCAAAAUGAGGGGUCCCAUGGAGGGUGUCCCCAAAAUGGCCAAAAAUGGGGGGGUCCCAAUGUGGAGAAGGUCCCCAAAAUGGGGGGUCCCUUUGAAGGUCCCCAAAAUGGGGGGGUCACAAAGGUGGGAGGUUCCCCAAAUGAGGGGUCCCCAAAAUGGGGGUGGUCACCAAAAUGGGGGGGUCACCAAGGUGGGGAUGGUCCUCAAAGUGAAGAAGGUCCCCAAAAUGGGGGGGUCCCAUGGGUAGGAGACAAUCAAAAUGGGGUCACCAAGGUGGAGAAGGUCCCCAAAAUGAGGGGGUCCCCAAAAUGGGGGGUCCCUUGGAGGGGAUCCCCAAAAUGGGGACAGUCCCCAAAAUGGGGGGGUCCCCAAAAUGGGGACGGUCCCCAAAAUGGGGAAUCCCCAAAAUGGGGGGUCCCAAAAUGGAGGGGGUCCCCAAAAUGGGGACAGUCCCCAAAAUGGGGGGUCCCAAAAUGGCUCCCCACGGCCUGGGGGGGUCCCCAAAGUGAAGAAGGUCCCCAAAAUGGUGGGGUCCCAAAAUAAGGAGUCCCAUGGGUGGGUCCCCAAAAUGGGGACGGUCCCCAAAAUGGGGGGUCCCAAACUGGGGGGUCCCCAAAUUCGGGUGGGGGUCCCCAAAUCGGGGUGCGGGGGGGGGGUCCCCAAACUGGGGGUGUUGGGGACAACCCAGCGCUACCUCCCAGCUCUGCUCACUGCCAGGGGACCCCCCCUUUUCUUCGUUAAGUUUUAACUAAUUCAUUCUUAAUUAAUCCCUGGGGCUCAUUCAUUAAUUUUUCAAUCAUUUCCCGCCCUUUUUUUUUUCUCCGGCCGGUUUUUUUUUGGGGGGGGGAUUUAUUUUUAUUUUUUAUUUAUUAUUAUUAUUAUUAAAAAAAAUAUGGAAAAAAUAAUAAUUUUAAAAAAUUUAAAGGGGACGGACCCGGCCCUCGCUCCCUCCCCGCGGUUUUCCCGGGAUUCCCCCGGUCCCGGGAAUUCCCUCGGGAAUUCCUUCGGGAAUUUUCCUCCCCUUCCCCUCCCCCCCCCCAAAAAAAAAAGGGGAGGUUAAAUUUUGGGGUCCCUCCCAAAAAAGGGGCCCCCAAAUUCUGUAUUUAGGGGGGAGGGGGCUCCGGCUCCCCCCCCCCCGCCCCACCGCGUGUGAAUAAAGCUCCGUAUGGAAAGCGCUGCUG